AUCAGCAACGCCUUUGGCUCCUUGGGCUAGUGCAUUGGCGCUGCAACCAUAUACCUCAGUGAGACCAGCGAUGGGAAAGAAAACUCGCACAGGAACAGGAGGACGCAGAACAAUACUACAGCUUUUCCCACCUCGAAGCGGGACCGUCUGUGGAAGAGAAGACUCUUUAGGUUCAGUAUCCGAAGGUAAAAACAUGAAGACACCAUCAUAUUUUAUGUUUUAGUUUACGGUCGGUGGAUGAUUCGUUCAAAAUCGGGCCCAUUUUUCGCUGAUCACACAUUGGAGAAGCUAGUUAACUGGCCUAGCCGGUGAUGUAGCUUAGCUAGCCAGUCGUUCAAAAUGUAACGUUAUGUUCCAGAAAUUAAUGUUAUUGUUUUACUUGUUCACUAUAUUUAAAUAAGUAGUUCAGACGCAAUGUAGGCAACGCUGUUUAUUGAUUUGUGGGUGUUUCGCGGGUUCUAAAGUGUUAACUAGCUAGGUAGCCUAGCCAGCUAACGUGACUGUUAGUAGGCUAACAUACUGCGCAAAGAGCGAGUUGUAGUCGCGUGCGGCCUGUUGUCUGAUUUCGUGAACAAACGCUGCAUAAACCAGCGAACUAGCACGAUGACAAUUUAUACAACUAGCUAUGCCUAUCAAUGGUAGCUAGACUCGCACUACUGAGCCCUCUGCUCAAUCCAGACCACAUACCUAACGUUAGCUAGUUAAAUGAUCGUUAUUCAGCCACUUUAACAAUUGCAAUUAUGCGUGUUUUGCAGACGAACAGGAGGGUAACUCUGAUGAAUACAGUUUCCCAAGAGAAGUAACCACAGAAAUGAGGAUGCCCGUUAAGGCCACAGGUAAGAUCAGAAAUUAUGCACAUCCCCUUGACUUUUUCCACGUUUUGUUGUUACAGCCUGAAUAUAAAAUUGAUUAAAUAGAGCUUUUGUCACUGGCCUACACACAAAACCCCAUAAUGUCAAAGUGGAAUAGAAAAUGAAACGCUGAAAUGUUUUGAGUCAAUAAGUAUUCAACCCCUUUGUUAUGGCAAGCCUAAAUAAGUUCAGGAGUAAAAAUGUGCUUAACAAGUCACGUCAUAAUUUGCAUGAACUCACUGUGUGCAAUAAGUGUUUAACAUGAUUUUUGAAUGACUACCUCAUCUCUGUACCCCACACAUACAAUUAUCUGUAUGGUCCCUCAGUCGAGCAGUGAAUUUCAAACACUGAUUCAACCACAAAGACCAGGGAGGUUUUCCAAUGCCUCGUGAAGAUCAACUAUUGGUAAAUGGGUUAAAAUAAAAAAGCUGACUUUUAAUAUCCCUUUGAGCAUGGUGAUGUUAUUAAUUACACGUUGGAUGGUGUAUCUGUACACCCAGUCACUACAAAGAUACAGGCAUCCUUCCUAACUCAGUUUGCCGGAGAGGAAGGAAACCGCUCAUGGAGCAAAUGGUGACUGACUUUAAAUCCGUUAGUUUAAUGGAUGUGAUAGAAGUGAGGAUGAGUCAACAUUGUAGUUACUCCACAAUACUAACCUAAAAGUAUUAUUUUUUUAGUCAUUUAGCAGACGCUCUUAUCCAGAGCGACUAUACAUUUUUGUAUUUCAUACUGCCCCCCCCGUGAGAAUCGAACCCACAACCCUGGCGUUGCAAACGCCAUGCUCUACCAACUGAGCUACAUCCCUGCCGGCCAUUCCCUACCCUGGACGACGCUGGGCCAAUUGUGCGCCGCCCCAUGGGUCUCCCGGUCGCGGCCGGCUACAACAGAGCCUGGAUUCGAACCAGGAUCUGUAGUGGCACAGCUAGCACUGCAAUGCAGUGCCUUAGACCACAAUGUGGCAAUGAAAUUCACUUUAUGUCCUGAAUACAAUGUUUGGGGCAAAUCCAACACAUCAGAGUACCACUCUUCAUAUUUUCAAGCAUGGUGGUGGAUGCAUCAUGUUAUGGGUAUGCUUGUCAUCAGCAAGGACAAGGGCGAUUGUUAGGAUAAAAAUAAACGGAAUAGAGAAAAACCUGGUUGUCUGCUUUGCAAUUCACCUUUCAGCAGGACAAUAACCUGAAACACAAGGAGAAAUCUACACUGGAGUUCAUUACCAAAAUGACAUUGAAUGUUCCUGAGUGCCCUACUUACAUUUUCAAGCAGAUUUAAGUUAAAACUGUAUGUCAAGACUUAAAUGGCUGUCUAGCAAAGAUCAACAAUCAACUUGACAGAGCUUGAAGAAUUUUAUAAAGAAUAAUGGGCAUGCUUUGUACAAUCCAGGUGUGCAAAGCUCUUAGACUUACCCCCAAAAAACUCACAGCUGUAAUCGCCACCAAAGGUGCUUCUACAAAGUAGAAGGUGUGAAUACUUAUGUAAAUUAGAUGCAUGUAUUUCAUUUUCAAGAAAUGUGCAAAAAAAAAUUCACUGUCAUUAUGGGGUGUGUAUUUAAUCCAUUUUGAAUUCAGGCUCUAAUACGCUGUGGAAUAAGUCAAGGGGUAUGAAUACUUUCUGAAGGCACUGUAUGCCAUAUUGUGGUGUGUGUGUCUUGGCAUAUCUCUGCUUGUGUGAAUUUGGUUCAAACCCGGGUCUCCUGCCAUAAGACUGUCAUCCUGCUGAGCUCAAGCCUAUGCAUUAGCUGGGGGAGUUAACAAAAGACGUCUUCGGUCCUGUUUACUAAUCGCGUGCACACAAGCAUGGUUGCCUAUGUACAUUACCUGACCAGCAACUCUUGUUUGUGCGUUUCUCCUCAGAGGGUCUGUCCCUCCUGGGGGCCUAUGAGGACAGUGAUGAAGAAGAGGAUGCUGACUUCCAGCCCCCCACCGUCAGAACCCAACACCAGUCUGCAGACAUACUCGCCAAUUUCAUGGCCGUGAGUAUAUCAAUACUGUAUUUCUGUUAGGGCUGUUCCCGACCCCACAUUUGUUUUGGGUCGACAGUCAUCGGUUCUUGUGACCAAUCGCAAAUGUUUUCCCUUCAAUUUUUCCAUAUAGACACACCCUAUGUGUUUUAAUAAAAUCAACUAUAUGCACCGAGCUUGUUUGUUUUAAGCACACUGUUUGAAAUAAUUAAUACACACAAAUGACUCGCGGGAGCCAGAUCAAGAUGACCAGAACCUGUUCAUUACCCUCCUCCUGCUGGCCUUUGCAGAUUCUGCCAUUACGCGCCUGAAGUUGCCGGUAAUAUGCUACACCAGGGGUCGGCAACCUUUUUCAUGUGGAGUGCCAAUUUACAAUUUCUUACUAUUUCUACCGAUCUGCGUGCCAGUUAUGAUUUUAUGCAAAUGUUUGUGGAACAGUUUCAUUUCAAUUAUAAUAACUUAUUUUUGUUAUAUUGCCAACUACGGUGAGGGAAAAAAGUAUUUGAUCCCCUGCUGAUUUUGUACGUUUGCCCACUGACAAAGAAAUGAUCAGUCUAUCAUUUUAAUGGUAGGUUUAUUUGAACAGUGAGCGACAGAAUAACAACAAAAAAAUCCAGAAAAACGCAUGGCAAAAAUGUUAUAAAUUGAUUUGCAUUUUAAUGAGGGAAAUAAUUAUUUGACCCCCUCUCAAUCAGAAAGAUUUCUGGCUCCCAGGUGUCUUUUAUACAGGUAACGAGCUGAGAUUAGGAGCACACUCUUAAAGGGAGUGCUCCUAAUCUCAUUUUGUUACCUGUAUAAAAGACACCUGUCCACAGAAGCAAUCGAUCAAUCAGAUUUCAAACUCUCCACCAUGGCCACGACCAAAGAGCUCUCCAAGGAUGUCAGGGACAAGAUUAUAGACCUACACAAGGCUGGAAUGGGCUACAAGACCAUCGCCAAGCAGCUUGGUGAGAAGGUGACAACAGUUGGUGCGAUUAUUCGCAAAUGGAAGAAACACAAAAGUACUGUCAAUCUCCCUCGGCCUGGGGCUCCAUGCAAGAUCUCAUCUCGUGGAGUUGCAAUGAUCAUGAGAAUGGUGAGGAAUCAGCCCAGAACUACACGGGAGGAUCUUGUCAAUGAUCUCAAGGCAGCUGGGACCAUAGUCACCAAGAAAACAAUUGGUAACACACUACGCCGUGAAGGACUGAAAUCCUGCAGCGCCCGCAAGGUCCCCCUGCUCAAGAAAGCACAUAUACAGGGCCGUCUGAAGUUUGCCAAUGAACAUCUGAAUGAUUCAGAGGAGAACUGGGUGAAAGUGUUGUGGUCAGAUGAGACCAAAAUCGAGCUCUUUGGCAUCAACUCAACUCGCCGUGUUUGGAGGAGGAGGAAUGCUGUCUAUGACCCCAAGAACACCAUCCUCACCGUCAAACAUGGAGGUGGAAACAUUAUGCUUUGGGGGUGUUUUUCUGCUAAGGGGACAGGACAACUUCACCGCAUCAAAGGGACGAUGGACGGGGCCAUGUACCGUCAAAUCUUGGGUGAGAACCUCAUUCCCUCAGCCAGGGCAUUGAAAAUGGGUCGGGUGGGUAUUCCAGCAUGACAAUGACCCAAAACACAUGGCCAAGGCAACAAAGGAGUGGCUCAAGAAGAAGCACAUUAAGGUCCUGGAGUGGCCUAGCCAGUCUCCAGACCUUAAUCCCAUAGAAAAUCUGUGGAGGGAGCUGAAGGUUCGAGUUGCCAAACGUCAGCCUCGAAACCUUAAUGACUUGGAGAAGAUCUGCAAAGAGGAGUGGAACAAAAUCCCUCCUGAGAUGGUGGCAAAACCCUUGUUGGCAAUCAGAGGUUAGACGUUUCUUGUAGUUGGCCACCAGGUUUGCACACAAGUACUAAGUCAUGUUUUGCAGAGGAGUCAAAUACUUAUUUCCCUCACUGUAUGUAAAAAUAGCCUACAUAAAGCUAACACAUAAACAUUGCAGGUAGAAAAUAUCCUGAUAAAAAUAUUUUAAAAAAUCCUAUAAAUCAGAUAUAUAAAUGCAACAUGUAAAGUGUUGGUUUCAUGAGCUGAAAUAAAAUAUCCCAGAAAUGUUCCAUACGCACAAAAAGCUUAGUUCUCUAAAAUGUGAACUGUAACUCCGUUAAAUUGUUGUAUGUUGCGUUUUACAUUUUUGUUCUGUAAUAAUUACGUUUCCACUGGAUCAGAGCAUGACAUUUUUCCAUUUCACGCAGAAGCUCAGUGGCUAUCGAAAGGGAGAGAGCUGGAAAGACUAUUGUUCCCAAUGGAUGUAAAAACACGUAGUUUACUUGCUUUUUGAGGUGAAGAGGGAUUACUUUGAGAAGCUCCAUGGGUCAUUAGUAGUGGUGAGUUAAGACGGUCAGAAAUACUAUCAGACAUCCCCAAAUGAGCACAUUUCAUACAUUUGCGUGCGGGCCAUGUAGCCUAGGCCUACUAUUACUUACUCAACAUUGACAGGAGCGCUCCAAACAAUACAAUAACCACAUUGACAACUCGUGAAUUAAAUCAAUCGAAACUUGUUUCUCACAGGUGUAGCAUAGGUUGUGAGCUCUGCAAACAAUUUGUCCACUCCGACAAUGAGAACGGUAAUGGACGAUAAUAUAUUGAAUGCAUUAACAGAAAUAGCUGUAAACAGAUUAGAAAUGAUGGGAAUUAACUGUAAAUGUACUACUGGUGAUCUACGUAACGGUGAAUGAUACACUAAACAAAGGGCAAACGAUUCACACAAUUAAGUUAUGAAACAAUUAAUGCUUAUGAGUUGGCGAGAAAGUGCCUUCUGUAGAGAGACGCGCCUUGUGCAAGCCAUGCUUCCCUUCACUCAACAUUUAAAAAUUAUACCUAAGACGCGUUAUUUUCACACAUACUGUAGGCCUAAGGAAUAUUAUCUCACUGUGUCUGGUCCAAAGCAGUAGCCAUUUAUGGAAAACCAAUGCAAUUUCACUUUUUGUCUAUUUUUAUGAAAUUACUUGGUAUGCCAAGGCAAAUACCUUCGCGGCACGCGUGCCUUACGUCACCGAUGCCUGUCUAGAGUGAUGGACUGUGCCAUCCCCGCAGCCUCCGCAAUGGAUUAGUCCACUGUCAGGUGCGAAUCAGACGGGUGUCUCGUCUGCCAUUAAAAUGUUUAUAUAAUUGCGACUGCUCGACUAAAAUCUGUCGCUCAACAGCCUAUCGACCAGUCUACUAAAUGGGGUCAGCCCGAAUUUGUUUUUCACUCUUUUCGUAGUUGUCUUAAAAUGCUAUACACGUGAUUGCCACGUGUUGGCCUUUAUUUCCCUGCUUUAAAAAAGUAUUUAGACAAGUGGUGUCCUUCAACAAACUUUAACUGUCUCACCCCCAAAUAGGAAAUUGACGCCAUCACUACACAGCCGGGCUCAGAGGAGCCCACAGGGGAUCGGUCGGCCCCAGCCCCCACCCCACCACGUCCAGAACCCAAAGCCCAGCAACAUGCCUCUGAGAUGGGGACAGAGCUGGAGAGUACUGGGGUGGACUUCCAGUAUGAUACCCAUACUUCACUCGCUGGAGGUGACCGGUUUUAUUGUAUUUCAUACAUUUGUGCAGAACUUACCUAAAAAGUAGCAGUUGGCCAUUGUUUUAUGACGUGUGAAGUGUGCGGUUCUGCUGAUCUAGAGUUCCUUAUUUGUUUCCUGUCCACCAGUGGGAGGAUUGGAGAUGGGGGACUGGCAGGAGGUGUGGGAUGACAACACAGGUUGUUACUACUACUGGAACACUCAGACCAACGAAGUGGCCUGGCAGCUGCCUUACUACCUGGCCCACCAGGUGCAGGGCCUGCAGCAGUACGCAGACAGGUGAGGUGUUAAUUACUACCUGGCCCACCAGGUGCAGGGCCUGCAGCAGUACGCAGACAGGUGAGGUGUUAAUUACUACCUGGCCCACCAGGUGCAGGGCCUGCAGCAGUACGCAGACAGGUGAGGUGUUAAUUACUACCUGGCCCACCAGGUGCAGGGCCUGCAGCAGUACGCAGACAGGUGAGGUGUUAAUUACUACCUGGCCCACCAGGUGCAGGGCCUGCAGCAGUACGCAGACAGGUGAGGUGUUAAUUACUACCUGGCCCACCAGGUGCAGGGCCUGCAGCAGUACGCAGACAGGUGAGGUGUUAAUGGACGGUACAACAUAAUACACAAAUGUUAGUCAUACACAAGUGGUUUCCUACGCCACAGCAUGACUCUGGAAUGUGUUUCUACUUAGUUUUAGAUUGGACCUGUUUUCUAUUUCAUCCCCAGUAGCUCGACAGUCAACGGCAACGGCGCUACUCAGAGUGCAGGUUGCUAUGCUGAACAACACUCCACUGCUGUUAGUGCCCUGACAUCGAAGACAAAAAAGGUGAGUUAUUAGAGUACUUUUGUAUUCAGUGUGAAUCCCAAAAAAAGUACUCUCCUGCACAUUUGUUGGCAAAAGUGUGGCUAUGCCUAACGCUGUGUGUCUCUUUGUCAGGAGGUGAUGGAGAGUGUGGUGGCCCUUACCAGUGAGGAAGAGGAGCGUCGUGGUGUGGCCGCCUCUCUCCUCGGUCCCCUCAUCCCUGCGGCGGUGAAAGAAGCGGAGGAGAGGUGGAGGAAAAGGCUGGUGGGAGGGCUGGAGGAGAGGGAGAACAGCUUGGAGGAUAGCCUCCCAGGGUCCCCUGCUCCCCCCCUGAAUGAGCCAGAUACCCCUGCACACCCCCUGAGGGACCAACGCAGCAGGAACCAGUCUGAGGAGGACUCUGAUGCAGAGGAGAUGGAAGAGGACACCAUGGAGCUGGAGCUGGCUCUGGACAGGAAAAAGGUCAUCUUAUGUUUUAUUCAUCCUUUAUUUAACCAGGGAUGUUGCAUGUACAUCUUUCAAGUUAGUUUAUAUAUUGUGACUCUUUUGAAAAGGUCACAGACAAAUGUUGACAAUUCAACACGUGCAGAAUUAGUGUGUCCGGUCGGGAGUUAUCCUUUACCAUGAAUCCAACAUGAGCAUUUGUCCUCUUUGUCCCUCUGCCCCCUAGGCCGAGCUGCGGGCGUUGGAAGAGGGCGAUUGCAGUGCGGGGGGCUCCAGCCCCUGUUCUGAGGCCAGUCAGGAGGCCACCGGGCCUCGUAGUCUGCUUCUGAAAAACGCCAAGUGGAAGACUGCCUUCCUCAGAGCAGCCAGCCCAGACUCAAACAGCAGGGGCUCAGAUACACGGGAAGACCCAGACACAGGUGAGUGUCUGGAGAACCGUUAGUGUGCGAGCGAUCCAGUCCAGAUACACAAACUCUGAGCAGAUUACAUUAUUAUAUUGUUCGGAUGUGGUUCAUCCUGGGAUGUUAACACUUCUCUAGGACCAGGGCUGGACUUUUUUUAGCCACUUGUCCUUUGGACAAGGUAGGACUUCUUAAACAUUUUAUUUUCACUUGUUCAAAAGCUCAAAUCACUUGGUCGGUAACACCAUUGGCCAAAAAGGUAAAUUAAAAUGGGUGUAUGAGUCAAGGAACCACUUCACAAAAUAACAUUAUUACUGGUGUUGACAAUGGAAGGCUGCUGGUCUCUGAUCCCAUGUAUUAUAUCUCCUGCAUUUGUGGCCUUGAGCAAGGCACUUAACCCCCCCACAAAGUAAUAUACUGCACUGAUGGGCUACUGUAUAAAACACGUGGUCCGUUAACCCUCCAUCUGGUGAGCUACUGGGUGUGCAGGCUUUUUAUCCAACCCUGCUCAAACACACCAGAGGCAGCUUAUCAAGGUCCUGUUGAGCAGCUGUUUCUUUUAUUGUUUUUUACAAUGUGGUAUGUUUGAGCAAGGCUUGCGCAAAAGCCUGCACACCCAGUAGCUCGUCUGGCCUCUCCAGGAAGAGGGUUGGCCACCCUGGCACUAUACAAUUACAACAAACUACUUACAGUAUGUCUUUAUAAAAUUAUUCCCUCAUUCAAUGAACCAGGAAUCAAAUGGCUAAGAUGGGCGAGGUAGCUAACUAAGAUGUUUAUCUAUUUUGUAAGGUUAAAUAAUUCAGUGUUCAGGGAAGAUCUUGACAGCAUAGGUGUUACUUUGUCAGAAUUACAUGGCCAAUAUUGAAUUGUGGAGAAUCCUAGCCAAUAUCGAGCGCUUGAGACUGUUUUACAACCGGAGUAUGCAGUAUUGGUUUCAUUGCUGACCCAAAAUUAGCUAUAACUGGGCAAAUAACUCACUAGCAAUUAUCAACAAAUGUACAAACGUGGCUAGGCUCGCUUUGAUCUCAAAAGAAAGACUGCUCAUGUCUGUCAAUGCGGGACUACAAUUAUUAUACUCCGACACACACUGCAGAGAUUGGGAGGACAGUGAGCAAAACAUCGCAUCCGGAGAACACUUUGAUCUAAAUCCGAUCCAAUUAUGAUCGGAGUAGCCUAAGUAUUUGAUAUUGUGUUUUUUGUGUGAUCUUUUUUACUUGUCCAUUCAUACAGUUUAAAUCUAUAAUCUGCUUAUUCGUAAAAAAAAGAAUAUAUAUAUAUAUAUAUAUAUAUUAAAAAAAUUACUUGCCCCUUUGCAAGCGAACACAGUUAAUGUCAAGCCCUGAGGACUUAAGAUCUGAUAUGCUGCCCAGACAAACUCUGUCAUACACAUGUAGGGUUAGCCUUAAUACUAGUCCUCUUAUGCAUGUUUUGCAGCACAUUCCAAAGUCCCAGAGAAGGCUGGGGAAGAGGAGGACAAGGAAACUGGGGACAAAACAGUUACUAAAGUGCCACCAAAGGAGGAAGUGGAAACUCCAGAGCUCAAGGUACUGAACCUUUAUCAACUCUCACACCAAUUUAACUCUUCGUAGUAGGGCCUCCGCAUGAGAACCAUGGGCCUACUCAUGAGUGAUUUUAAAAUAACUGGUGGCUAACUAAUUAAUAAAAUGUUUUGAAUGAUCAGUUUCAGAUCGGAGAACUUGCCAACACCUUAACCAGCAAGAUGGAGUUUUUGGGGAUCAACAAGAUAACUAUCUCCAACUUCCAGCUUCUUCUGUUACAGACUGAGGUAGGAGGACCAUGAUCUGUCAUAGUUUAUCUACAGUGACAGCCUAUAUCUAUAGGUCCAGAUUAUAUUCUCUUUGCUUUUAAACCACACUAGUUGGCUAGCUGCAUCUCUCAAUGAUGAGAACUUUCACAGACCUGUACUGAAUAACUGUGAUUGCAAGUUAUCGUUCUGAUGGGAGAUGUUUAUUUUUAAAAAUUAAUUUGAUAACAUCCUCUCCUCAUUUUAGAAAAAAAAGGUACAUGCCUAAUGGUCAUUGUCCCCCCUCCCUUUAUUCCCCUUCCUUUCUCUCAGACGCGGAUCGCUGACUGGCGGGAGGGGGCUCUGAACGGGAUCUAUCUCCGCCGCAGGCUGCAGGAAGCCGCCGAGCACAUAAAACAUUACGAACUUAACGCCGCCCCUAAAGGCUGGUCGUGCCACUGGGACAGGUACGCGCUCCUUACCUUUAACAUCUCUAAUCACCCCCCAAGCCCUGUGACAACGACCCCCUCAGAGCUGGGGUCGCCACCUUUUUACCUGAUAUGGGGGAGAUCCUAACUAAUCUGUGGAUUAAAUGAAAUGGAGACAGACCCUCAAGGUUUCUGUGAUGCAAUGCUGGCACUCUGCGCUGCCAGUGGUGAUGAGGGAGCAGCUUGAUCCCCUAACACUACCACCAGAGAAAGGACCCCCUGUCCUGUCCAACCAUAGCCCAGACUCUGGCGCUUGUCUUUGGGGUGGGGGGGUGGGGGCUCUGUAGGCUGUUUUGGGUGUCCAGACAGUGGAACAGAGGUACAGUAGCUAGGAAGGUGGUUGUGUGCGAGAGCUUUGCACUUUACAGGACUACAGCCCCAGAAUGCAUUGCUGGGCGACAUGAUUGACAGAGUGACGCCCCGGAAACGAGGAGUGUCACAAACCGCGUCAGUUAAAGCGAAGACGGAGCGUUGACAAGGACCCAGCAGGUCAGACCAACUCUAUUUCAUGUUUCCUGUUUUUUCCUUGAUUGACUGAAAAUUGAUAGAUAUUGCUGAUGUAAAAAAAUAUUGUAUAAAGUGUAAUGUUUUUUGCCUUUGGUUGUUGAGUUGAAAAUCAAGAUGCCUAUCUCUCUGGCAUCUAUGUUUGGGGGGCAAAAAGUUCUGUGUAUGUUGUCAUAACAACCAUUAUGUGAACAUCUGAACCCUGCUUUGAUUGACUUUGCAGGACCCAAGCUGUUUGUUUUGUUUUAUUAAUUUGGUUUUGAGAGCGUUAAGGUGGGUUCCCCAUCAAUGUCACCCAUCCCGAUCUAAUCUGGCCUUUUCUCCUGGAUGGCUAAUCUGGCUGUCCAGCCCAACAUUCCCCCUCUAUGUGGCAGUCCCAUAUCUCCCCUCCCCCCCCCCCACUGCCCAAGGUAUACUGCGACUCAGCCAGUUAUGAGGCCAGCUGUUGAGACUGUCUUGUAUCUCUGUUCUCCCUCCUUCUAGAGAGCAGAGGAGGUAUUUCUAUACCUACGACCGCACCAGUGCCUCCCAGUGGGACUUCCCAGCAGAGGAAGAGCGGGAAGAAGGAGCGAAGGCGUCCAUACAGGAGGAACCCAAACCCCCGCCCGUACCCACUGGUGGGCUCGCAGUCGCAGGUCAGUCCCCAAGACCCUUUACUGUCCUCUUACAGCCUCCAUAUCUACAGGUCCAGAUGAAUCUCUUGGCCUUGAACCACACUAGUUGGCUAGUUGCAUGACUCUCAAGGAACUUUCACAGACCUGUACUGAAUGACUGAAAAUCUGAAGGGAGAUGGACAGCUUAGCGCAUUUGGCUUUCAACGAGUAGGUCUUGAGCUAUGGAACCCGCCACUGUCAUAUGUUACUAACUAGUCAGUAUUUGGUUAACCUUAGUCCUCUGACAAAGAAAGGGUACACAACUAAUCCCAGCUUUUAUACAUUUUCUAUCAUAUUGCAGGAGCUUCAAUCUUCACACCCAUCGUCCCCCCUCAGCCUGGCCUUCCCUCCUAUUGGUCUGUGCCUCAGCCCCCACUUCCCCCUGACCAGCCCCCUCCCCCUGCUGACUCCCCCCCGCCUCCCCCUCCACCCCCAGAGUCACCGCCCCCUCUCCCCCCUCCUCCCCUGGAUGAUGAUGGAGAGAUAGAGGAGGUAGAGAUGGAGGAGGAUGAUGAUGAUGACAGUGAGCCUCCAGCACCUGGAACAGAGCCUCCACUCCCUCCGGGCUUUGUCGGCAUGAAGGUAUGUGACCAGCCUUGUCCAGCAGUUGUCAAGUGCUAGUCAGUGGGCUUGCUGGUUUCUGUUAACAUGACUCUAAAUGAUACAUUUUACAGACCUGUACUGAAUGAAUGUGAUUGCAACCCCAAAAAAAAUCUGAUAGAUGUGCUUAACAAGCAUUUUGUUGGACAUUAGCAUAAGAUGGGCUUUUACUGUAAGCUUAUCUUUUUCAGUAUUUUCUCUCCUCUCAGGUUGUGGAGUCUUCAGCCUCCCUGGGUAAGAGUCAGAAACGCAAGGCUUCAGGAGCAGGUCAGCUGACCAAGGCUGCAACCAUCGGCAGCAGCGCCAUCCUCUACACACAGACCACAGCAGGUAAAAAGCCAUGACGCCGUCAUCCAAUCAGCCUGCUGGUUUUCAUAUUAACAUUACUUUUGAAGUAGCAGGACUCUCUAUGAUGAGAACUUUCACAGACCUGUACUGAAUUACUGUGAUUUAAGUAUUUUUCUGUUGGGAGAUGGGACCGUAGUGUCUCACGGUAUAGGUGUUUUAGUGAGAUCAUAGUUGACUUUUGUGUUCCGUCCUGUGUCCUCAGCACCUGUGAUGUCAGGAGCUGCCUACUGGGGUGUGUCUGCGGUAGCUACAUCUCCACUGCCUUCUGAACCAGUGGCCCCACCUCUCCCACCUCCCCCAACCCACCCCCCGCUACCCCCCACUCAGGCCCCCUCUGCCCUGGACCCCACAGGGCUUAAAACACUGCCCACGGACAAGACCAAGAAACUGAAGAAGGAUAAGGUGGGUGUCUUUGAUUUUAAUAUCCAAUUAGGGAUGUGACAAAUGUUUGACGCUUAAAUGUUUAAAAAAAGAAUCGUAAUGAUGUGAAUUCACAAUCCAGAUAUGGUUCUGCGUAUGACCGCUAGGGGACAAUGCAGUUCAAUCUACCGCAGUCCUGGCUACCUACUUACCGUUCGUCACUAGUAACCACAGCCACAAAGUCAUAAAGCCCACCUAUUUCUACAAUUUCUUGUUUUUGUAAAUUGUUACGAUCUAGGUAAUUUUGACUAUGGCUGUGGAAACCCUACCAGAUGGCGCUCACCUUACUUACAAUUUUAUCAAUUUUAGAAUAAGGCUGUAAUGUAACAAAAUGUGAAAGUCAAGGGGUCUGAAUACUUUCAGAAUGCACUGUACAAGGGGAAACCCAGCCGCAAGAUGCCCAGUGAUGCGAGCCUACGGGCUAAAUGCCUUUUUAUGCUUGCUUCGAUGCAAGUAACACUGAAGCAUGCAUGAGAGCACCAGCUGUUCCGAACGACUGUGAUCACGCUCUCCAUAGCCAAUGUGAGCAAGACCUUUAAAUAGGUCAACAUUCACAAGGCCACGGGGUCAGACGGAUUACCAGAACAUGUACUCAGAGCAUGCGCAGACCAACUGGCAAGUGUUUUCACUGACAUUUUCAACCUCUCCCUGACAGUCUGUAAUACCUACAUGUUUCAAGCAGACCACCAUAGUCCCUGUGCCCAAGAAAGCGAAGGUAACCUGCCUAAAUGACUACCGCCCCAUAGCACUCACGUUGGUAGCCAUGAAGUGCUUUGAAAGGCUGGUCAUGGCUCACAUCAACACCAUCAUCCCAGUAAACUCUAGACCCACUCCAAUUCGCAUACCGCCCCAACAGAUCCACAGAUGACUCAAUCGCACUCCACACUGUCCUUUCCCACCUGGAUAAAAGGAACACUUAUGUGAGAAUGCCAUUCAUUGACUACAGCUCAGCUUUCAUCACCAUAGUGCCCACAAAGCUCAUCACUAAGCUAAGGACCCUGGGACUAAACACCUCCUUCUGCAACUGGAUCCUGGACUUCCUGACGGGCCGCUCCCAGUUGGUAAGGGUAGGCAACAACACAUCUGCCACACUGAUCCUCAACAGGAUUGCGUGCUUAGUCCCCUCCUGUGUUCCCUGUCCAAGUUCCUUGGUGUCCACAUCACCAACAAAUUACCAUGGUCCAAUCACACCAAGAAAGUUGUGAAGAGGACACAACAACGCCUUUUCCCCCUCAGGAGACUGAAAAGAUUUGGCAUGGGUCCCCAGAUCCUCAAAGUUGCGUUGAGAGUGCCCUGACCGGUUGCAUCACCACCUGGUAUGGCAACUGCUCGGCAUCCAACCGUAAGGCGCUACAGAGGGUAGUGCGUACGGCCCAGUACAUCACUGGGGCCAAGCUACCUGCCAUCCAGGACCUAUAUACUAGGCGGUGUCAGAGGAAGGGCCAAAAAAUUGUCCGACUCCAGUCACCCAAGUCAUAGACUGUUCUUUCUGCUACCGCACGGCAAGCGGUACCGGAGUGCCAAGUCCUUAACAGCUUCUACCCCCAAGCCAUAAGACUGCUGAACAAUUAAUCAAAUGGCCACCCGGACUAUUGCAUUGACUGCUGCGACUCGCUGUUUAUUAUCUAUGUAUAGUCACUUUACCCCUACCUACUUGUACAAAUUACCUCGACUAACCUGUACCCCCGCACAUUGACUCGGUACUGAUGUAAAUGUAUAAAGCCUCAUUGUUAUUUAGUGUAACUUUUUUUUUUUCUCUUUAAAACAAAUGUUUUACUUUUGUUUACUUAGUAAAUAUUUUCUUGCCUCCAUUGUUGGUUAAGGGCUUGUAAGUAAGCAUUUCACGGUAAGGUCUACACCGGUUGUGUUCGGCGCAUGUGACAAAUAAAAUUUGAUCUGUUCUAUGCAUUGAUGAGGAGAAAGGAUUGUGAAAGAUCAGUAGACUAAUUCAAUGUAAUAAAUCUUUCAAUUGAAAGCGUCUCCUAGUUGAAUCAAACCACAGUGACGCUGUUAAAUGACAAUCGCCCACUCUCUCCUUUAUUCCCCUCAUCCCUGGUUGCUGUGUCCAGUCAAAGAAGAGCAAGACGAAGAUGCCGUCCCUGGUGAAGAAGUGGCAGAGCAUCCAGAAGGAACUGGAUGAAGAGGAGCAGUCUAGUUCUAGUGACGAGGACCGAGACCAGCUCAACAAGAGGAGCAUCGAGGAGUGGAAACAGCAGCAGUUACUCACGUAAGACCCCCCCCCCCCCCCCCCCCCCCCCCCCCCCCCCCGAUUUAUAAAUUGCACAUUUCUUGGACCGUGUCAACAAUCACGCUGUAGGCGUGCUGAUCUGGGAUCAGGUCACUUUCCAUGUAUCUUAUUCAUAAUGAUCUAAAAGGCUAAACUGAUCCUACAUCGGCACUCCUGCUGUGAGACGCUUGAUGCAUACAGCCUCUGAUAGAUAGAUAGAUAGAUAGAUAGAGAUAUAUAUAUAUAUAUAUAUAUAUAUCUCUAAAAAAAUAAAUUAGUCUGUUUGAUCUCGUCCAGCAGUGGUUACAGUUCCUUAGUGUACCUGCUGGUUUUUGUUGACUGGACUCUUUUAAAGUAUGAUGAGAACUUUCACAGACCUUUGCUGAACUACUGUGAUGCCACACAAUUUUCUGAUGGGAGACGUGCUUCAGGUUUUUAUAUUUUAGCUUCUAAUACACACAUUUUUGGUGAAAGGCAGUAAGAAACAGAUUUAUCUGUUGGAUUGCAGGGGAAAAGCUGGAAAGAACGCCAACUUUGAGGCUUUACCUGAUGACUGGCGAGAGAGGCUGUUGAAGAAGAGGAAGAUGAUGAAGAACACGUAA